AUGAGCACCUCCCUCUUCUGGAAAGUCGGUGCCAUCUACGGCGCCGCCGCCGUCGGUCUUGGCGCCUUUGGUGCUCACGGGCUCAAGAAGCGCAUUUCUGAUCCCAACAAGAUUGCCAGUUGGUCGACGGCUGCUCACUACCAGCUGGUCCACUCGGCCGUCAUCCUCGUCGCGAGUCAUCACCCCGUCGCUUCCGCCCUCUUCACCGCAGGCAUGACCAUGUUCAGCGGCAGCAUCUAUGCUUUGACCCUCGAUACCGAGCGCUUCAGGUUCUUGGGUCCUGUGACACCAGUCGGAGGUCUGUUUCUGAUUGCGGGCUGGUUGGCGCUGGCUUUUGCGUCCAAGGGGAGUGCCGUCGCUAGGUUCCCUCGUUUCUAG